AUGGGUAGUCGGAGUGUGUUUUCCUUGACGGAAGUCGUGGAAUACUCGGUUUCUGUGGUUUUGGGCCAUCUUCGAGUGAAUGUAGUAGCAGGAGUAUCCGAUCUCUGUGAUUUUCUUGGCAAGAAGCUCGACACGUUGAGUGGAGUUGCAGAAGAUGAUCGAUUGGUUGAUCUGGAGCUUGCGGAACAAAGUGUUCAAGCAAUGAACCUUUUGCUUCUCCUGGACGAAAGCGUAGUACUGGGUAACUCCGAGAAGAGUCAGCUCCUCCAUGAGGUUGAUCUCAUAUGGCUUGUGCAUGUGUUUCUGCAUGAAGGAAGUGACAGUUUGUGGGAAGGUGGCGGAGUACAGCAUGAUUUGGCGCUCUUUUGGCAAGAAGUUGAUGAGGCGGUCGAGGAUUCCCUGAAAAAUUAUCGUAUUGUCCAUCUUGGCAACGCCCUUCUCCAUCAAAUCGAGGAUUCUUCCUGGAGUGGCGAUGACCAAGUGAACGGUUCCGUUCAAACGCAUGAUAUCGUCGCGAAGAUCGGUUCCUCCUGUGGUGACCAUGACCUUAAGCUGAAUGUGCUUGGAAAGUUCGACGCAGAUUUGGGAAGUCUGCAGAGCCAAUUCACGAGUUGGGACGAUGACCAUAGCCUGGAUUGCCUUGAGAGCUGGUUGGAUCUUCUCGAUGACUGGGAUGCAAUAAGCUCCGGUCUUUCCGGUUCCGUUCUUGGCUCUGGCGAGGAUGUCUUGUCCAGUCAGCGCGACUCCAAUGGAAGCCUCUUGAAUUGGACUUGGCUUUUCCCAUCCUUUCUCGAAGAUGCCCAUGAGAAGGUCGCGUCCGAGGCAGAAGUCCUCGAACUCUACUCCUUUGGUGUCGCAGUUUUGAAUCGUCUAUCCUUUGCUGGCAAGUUGAGAGAUGAUUUCCAGUUUUCGUCGCCGUUGGCUGGAACUAGUUGUUGUUGCUCCGCUCCACUCAUUGUACGGUGUCGUAAAAGAGAUGGGGUCGCUUUGUAUAGAAGACGAUUGAAACGUAAGAUGACGUCUUUGAAUCGACGAAACAACUACCGCGAGCCCGUCUUCAUGCCGAAUCCACAUCAAGAUGUAUUGAGACGACCUGUGUCUCGCCUCUCGCCUAGUAAAAUGCGCACGAUCAAUGACGGUUAG